GAUGAUACUAAAGACUUCAUGGGUCUGCGUCACGACUUCCUUUGGCUUCGCGUAUUUAUUAUUCCGCACACAGCUUGCGAUGGAAGUAAUUACUCGUAUUCUACAAAUUACUAGUGCAAGAAAAGGAGCGACGUCUAUUUCGGCACUGAAAAGACGCAGAACGCUCCACCAUGCCGCGGGGAACUCACAAAGGAGGAUGGUACUCGGUCCGGACGGGCGCCGGUGGGAGCUGUCGCAAGUACAAGCAGUGGGACGAUGUGUGGAGUACGGACUGGAAAAUUUUCUUCAAGCGCAAGCUCCCAGAUCACAAUGAAAAGAAGUAUCCGGUGGGGUCGCUUUGGUCGCUGCAAAUGCAGAAUUCUUUCCCGCACGCGAAGUUUUACUACAGGAACGCGGCGAGGUACUUGAAGGUGCUACAGCAGCACACUGUUGCAAAUCCAACUGCAAAAAACGGCAGUCAAUCGAGCCUGAGCACCGCGGGAGUGGGAGGUUCUAGUUCGCCUUCCACCCAGUUUUUGCAGCGAGAACGCUACAUGCUAAAACACCUGGAGGGCACGGACCUGGAAAAGAAAGUGCAGCCACGGACCAACCUUUUCCACGCGGUGUCUGUGCAGGGGAGCACGGCGACGCACCCGAUGCUCGGGCUGAUGGCAGACGUGAUGAGCAGCAGUGAGGGUGGUUCUUGUAGCAGCACGACUAAUCUUGCUGGUUCGGGCUCUUCCUCCUCUUCCAGCAGUGCCGGAGGCGGCCGCCGACCAGUCGUGGCGGGUACUAGUGGGCCCUCUCUUCCGUCCUGUCCUCUGCUUUCUCAGGCCGAGGUGGACGCGGUUGCGGAGUUGGUCGGCGAAUUGGAGUCCACCUACUCUUCUUCCAAGAUACACACGGCGUUAGAGCGGAACCGGGAUGCUGGUGGCAUGAAACCAGCCCUCACGCCGUCGCAGAAUGAAAAAAUCCGCCGCCUUGCCGCGCUGGUUGAGCAAUAUGGCGUGGACGCGCAGACCACGGCCCUGACGACCGAGGGCACGAAUUUUUUGCUGCACAAACUCCACAAAAUAUGUGCGCAGCACGAAUUGUACUGGAACGACCCGAGGUUGGUAAAACACGCCCUGGAAAUGAACACGAAUACGGCACUAUCCUGCGCGAAAACCUACCAGGAGCGCCCCAUGGGUCACGCUAAUCUGCAUGUUGCUCAGAGCUACAGGUGUCAAGUGCGAUUCAUCAUGAGGGCCGUUUGCUAGCUCUGUUUGGAAAUAUACUUUAUGAUCUUCCCACAUGACGCAGGACAUCUGGAGUGUCGACUUUUCUAAUUUGGCCGCAGUUGCACUUGCAGCUAGGUACGACUCCUGCUGUGACACGUCAAAGAAAUACGGGUAGUGUCAAAGACACGACACUCGCUCUUGUGACGCGUCAGUGUCAAAGAAAUACGGGUAACAAGUAGGUUGUCAACAUACGUCUGCGUGACUUAGCAAGCCUGUGUACUAUUCCCAUCUUGACUCUAGGGGUUCAACAUGGGCGCUUCCAACCGGUUUUUGCUCAGGAUAGGGAAAUGCGAGCAACAGCAGCGUGAUUCCCUACGUGGAAGAGUCGGCAUCUACGAUUGCUGAACUACACACCGGCGACGUUUUAUAUACGCGGUUCCGGACGAAACGGAGGCACCAUCCUUACUGGAUCGAAAUCGAGCGGGUGCACAGAUUAUCAAACUGAAAUAUAAUCAUAAACCCAUACCCCGCGAUACGGAAUGAAUGCGCAUAAAAGUUUUGUGACGCGGGAGAUCACUUUGAUGCUACCCUUUGUUCUCUUGAAUGUAAAAAGAAAAACCAAAAAUCCCGUGGUCUCGCAAGUUCAUUCCGUAGAAGGCGGGGGCGGGGGAACUUUUCCUCACAACAGUGGAACUGGAAGAAGCACCACUUACACAACAUCCGCAUCGCGAAGGAAGAGCGCAAAGCAAGGAUACGGGCGUGGAAAGCGGAAAAUAACCCAGCGAGCGGGGUGGUCAGCCAGAGUAGCGCGGGAUAGGGCGCUGACAAGGUCUUCAGAGAGAGAGAAUUAUAACGCAAAAUCCAAGACGAAGACCGCAAGCUGCACUAAGCCAUUUGACAUACCGUGCUACUUUGUAGUCUUUCUGCGACUACCAAUACCCUCAGGGAAGCAAGCACAGAACAGUUGAAGGAAGAGAGAACGGACGUCAAUCACUGAAAAGCUCGGUAAAAUAAAAAAUUUUCCAUCGCAUAGGUG